AUGCUAUCCUUCAAACGCGGGCUUCAUAGCACGGCUGUGUCGAUGGCACGAACCAAAUACACGAAACCCAAACCCAAACCCAAAUCUAGGCCUCAUGUGAGACCAUCAACACAGCUAACGCACCACAACAAGCAUUUGGACGUAACUGCGCCCAUUCCACCCGCGGCUGCUAACAUUGUGACCCCAGAGGAUCAUCCACUGUGGCAGUUUUUCGCAGAUAAAAAGUACAUGCGUAAAUUUGACGAGCUGGACAACGAUUCCAGGGCAUGGAGCAUUCCUGAACUUAGAAGAAAAUCUUUUGACGACCUGCACUCGCUGUGGUACACUAGUCUGCGGGAAAGAAACAUCCUUGCGCGCGAAAAUCAUCUGCUGAAAAACGACAUGGGUUCGAAUCAGGAUUCGUUUGAGGCCGUGGCCGAAAAGAUCAGAACGACUAUGUGGAGAAUAAGGCACGUUCUCAGCGAGCGCGAUUGGGCCUUCAAAGGGGCUAGCCAGCAGUUUGACUCUUACAAGGACAAAUUUCUGCAAGAGUUCGAAAAUGACUUUCUCGAGGCCCCCGCUGCGGAAGAUGAAGAGUCUUUCGACAAGCUGGCACGUCUACAGAGCAGUAUUUUUGGCAUAAGUGAGUUUAUCGACGAAAAUGUCGUGAACAGGGCUUUUGUCGACGGAAUGAAAUACGUUGCAACGCUAAAACUUAAAAAGUUCUCGUCCAGAGACGCCUCUAUUCAAGAGCUUCUGGAGCAAUCAAACCACAGCAUAACGGACGCAGGCGAAGCUUUUGUUGUAUUUACCGCGGAAAACACCGAAGCUGCGGUCAAAGAAGCUAGCGAUGUCGUAAAGGAACUUAGAUUGAAGGGCAAUUCUGUUUCCCGUUACGAUGAACUGGAUACGGUCAACGACUACGUUAAGCAACUUGCUGCCGCGCAAAUGGAAAAAAACGUUUCUAGCAGCGUGUGA